AUGGAAUUGCGUGUUGGUCAUAAAUAUCGUCUUGGACGAAAAAUCGGUUCAGGAUCAUUUGGUGAUAUUUAUCUUGGAACAAAUAUUGCAUCCAAUGAAGAAGUGGCUAUCAAACUUGAAAAUGUUCGUACAAAACAUCCACAAUUACAUAUUGAAUCAAAAAUCUAUCGUAUGAUGCAAGGUGGUGUUGGUAUACCAUUAAUUAAAUGGUGUGGUGCUGAAGGAGAUUAUAAUGUUCUUGUCAUGGAUUUACUUGGACCAUCAUUAGAAGAUUUAUUUAAUUUUUGUUCACGAAAAUUUUCACUUAAAACUGUACUUUUACUUGCUGAUCAAAUGGUCAGUCGUAUUGAUUUUAUACAUUCAAAAAACUUCAUUCAUCGAGAUAUUAAACCAGACAACUUUUUAAUGGGCCUUGGUCGUAAAGGCAAUCUUGUGUAUAUUAUUGAUUUUGGCCUUGCAAAAAAAUAUCGAGAUGCACGUACACAUCAACAUAUACCAUAUCGAGAAAACAAAAACUUAACUGGCACAGCACGUUAUGCUUCAAUCAAUACCCAUCUUGGCAUUGAACAAAGUCGUCGAGAUGAUAUGGAAUCUCUCGGUUAUGUACUUAUGUAUUUUAAUCGUGGAAGUCUUCCGUGGCAAGGGUUAAAAGCAGCAACAAAACGUCAAAAAUAUGAACGUAUAAGUGAAAAGAAAAUGUCAACACCUAUUGAAGAAUUAUGUAAAGGUUUUCCUGCUGAAUUUACAACUUAUUUGUCUUAUUGUCGUUCAUUACGAUUCGAUGACAAACCCGAUUAUUCAUAUUUACGGCAAUUAUUUCGUAAUUUAUUUCAUCGACAAGGUUUUACAUAUGAUUAUAUAUUCGAUUGGAAUAUGCUUAAAUUUAAUGGUCAACGUUUUGAUCCGAACAGUGCUAAUGAAGAUGGACCAAAUAAAUAUGAAAACAAUGGCUUUGGUGCUAGUGGUAAUUCUCAACAACAAAUGUAUACUAGUACAAACAAUCAAGAAAUAAUAAGAAUAGAAAGUAAUGAUAUGACUCUUGGUCAAACGAUUCAUGAACCAUCGAUAAGCAUGAAUGAUGAUCAUGGUGAAAUACCAGACAAAAGUUUUUAUACGUCAAAAAAACUUUCCAAAUCAUCUUCACAUCACAAUAAUAAUAGUAAAAAAGCGAAUACAAAUAACGAUUCUAUCAAUAAAACAUCAUCAACUUCAAAUGUCUUUAGUCGUCUAAUGCACAGUGUGUAUCGACGAAUGCCUAAAGACUUGCAUAACGUGCAACCACCCAAAUCAACGUCUAAUAAUUCCAAACAACAUCUGCCGAGUGCGACAGAUGCAGGUCGAUCAUCGUCAGCGCGUGUUAAUAAAAAAUAA